AUUCAAUAAUCAAUAUAUAUAAUCGAUAUUAUCAAAUAGUUUUUCGCGAUAGUUUAAAUACAACAAAAGAAAAACAUUAUUCAAAAAAUAUUACAAUCAAUAUUAUUAACACUAGCAAAUAAACAUUAUCAGGUAAAAAUUACACUCAAUCUUUUGUGAAAUUAAUAUAACAAAGUAAAAUUAGCGUGUGUAAACAUUUAAUAUUAAUUCAAGUGUAGUAAAUAAUUAAAACAGUAAUGUUAUUUAAAUAUAAUUAAUAUGUAAAAUCAAAUUCUAUUUAGGUUGAGUCCUCUAUUUAAUAUUCGAUACAGAUAUUCUGGUACAGGCGAUGUGGUCUGCAAGUUAGACUAUGUUGAAAGUAGUAUGUGCGAUAGUAUACAUGACAUUUUAAUUUCCUUCAUUUUUCCAAGAUGUCAUUUCAAAAAUUACCGAUUUUCUUUAUUCUCGUCUUGUAACAUUCUAAAUAUUCUAACUGUUUUUAAUGAUUUGUUGUUUAUUAAUACAAGGUAUAACAUGGUAUAUGAAAAAGCACUGAAUGUCAAAUCUAUUCUGUAUUUUGUCUGUGAUGAUGCAUGCAAUUUUCAAUUAAUAUCACCAUCUUGUCGCUAGGUGGUAAUAGUGUUUGUAUUUCCAGUAAUAACACGUCAGAAUUAUCAGUGGUGUGACGUAUUUAUGACGUGUUUUUGCAAGUUUGUGUAAACGCAAAUUAAUAUUAUCACAUACAUUACUCAUCACAGUCAAUUGCGAAGUAUAAUAAUAAAAAAAGUGUUAAAUAUAAUUAUAUUUAAUCUUAUAUUUUGGAGAAGCGUUAAUUAAAAAAUGUCUUUUGUAUCGCCCAUGCCUAGUCGAGAAUUCCUCUGGGAUGUUUUUCAAAGAGUUGAUAAAGAUAGAUCUGGUGCAAUUACCGCAGAUGAGUUGCAACAAGCGCUUUCAAAUGGGACUUGGACACCAUUUAAUCCAGAAACAGUGCGUUUAAUGAUUGGUAUGUUUGACAUUGACAAAACUGAUCCUGAUUCUUCAGGUAUGUUUGAUAAAAACCAAAAGGGAACAGUUAGUUUUGAAGAAUUUGGAGCUUUAUGGAAGUAUGUAACAGAUUGGGAAAAUUGCUUUCGGUCAUUUGAUCGGGAUAACAGUGGAAAUAUUGAUAGAAAUGAAUUAAAAACAGCUCUAACAAAUUUUGGAUACAGAUUAUCAGAUCAAAUUAUAGAUACUCUUAUACGCAAAUAUGACAGAGCUGGUCGUGGUACUAUAUAUUUUGAUGACUUUAUUCAGUGUUGCGUAGUUUUAUAUGAACUUCACGCUCAUUUAAAUGGAUCCCUAAGCAUGGAUACUUUGAAGAAAUUAUAUAAAAUGCAAAAUCCCAAUUCAGAAAGCUCUGAAGAUACACUCAUGAGUAUAAAAAAUUUCUCAUCAUUAGGCGAAUGUUUCAAAGUAUUUAAUAUAGCACAUUCAUUAACAACAACACCAGAAGCAGUUUUUCAUUCUACCUAUGAUACAGUUAAAGAAUUCAAAAAUGAUAAUGUGAUAUAUUUGGAGCUUAGAAGCACACCACGUGCUGUUCAAGGGAAAAUGACAAAACAAGAAUAUGUAGAAGCAAUUAUAAAAGCAUUUGAGAAUUGUAAGACUGAUUUUCCAAGUAUAUUGUUAAAAUUAUUAAUAUCUAUUAAUCGUAAACAAGGAUAUAAAGCAGCUCAAGAUAAUAUAGAAUUAGCAAUAGAUUUUUUUGAAAAAUAUCCACAAUAUAUUGUUGGACUUGAUCUUAGUGGAGAUCCAAUGACAGGAAGUACAUUUUUAGAAUUGUUAAGAAAAGCUAGACUGGCUGGACUUAAAAUUGCAGCUCAUUGUGCAGAGGUUCCAAAUGAAACAGAAACAAUAGAUAUCCUCAAAUUUAAACCAGACAGAUUAGGACAUUGUACUUGCAUUCAUCCUACAUUGCAAGGAUCAAACAAAUUAUUUAAUUUACUUCUUGAUUCCAAGAUUCCUGUAGAAUUGUGUUUAACUUCGAAUAUUCAAUGUAAAACAGUAUCUGCUUAUGAAUUUCAUCAAUUUAAAUAUUUAUUUGAAGCUGGACAUCCUAUUUGUCUUGGUGUGAGUAAAGUUGGUACUGAUGACAAAGGUGUUUUUCAUACGUCUUUGUCUCAUGAAUAUAAAAUAGCUGGUUCAACGUUUGGUUUGAAACAAGAACAACUUCUAAAACUUUGUCUAUCAUCUGUAGAAUAUACCUUUGCAACAUUAAAAGAAAAACAAGCACUAUUGUAUAAGAUAGAACAAUUUGCUAAAGAAUGUAAUAUUACAUAUUGAAAUUGUAACAGAUUAUAGCGAAUGACAUUGCAAAUUGUUGCCAUUAUAAAAAAAAUUUAAAAAAGAUCAGAAUCAAUAAAAAAUACUUCAUAUAACGUUUAUAUUUUCUUUUAAAUAUUAAAGAUGUAACGAGGUCAUAGUACUAUUGAUAUAAAAGUAAUAUCGAUUUUAUUUGUUAUGAUAUUCGUAGAUUCGUUUACAUGAUUUACAGAUAAUUAACGAUAAGUUGCUACUUACGAAGACUAAGAUAGUUACUUUUUCAUUUUUUUUUUCCAAAAUUGAUAUAUAUAUAUACAACAUUCAUGGUAAUUAUUACAAUAUACGCCUGUAAACAUGUCGUAUCUUUAUUUUCACAUAGAAGAAGAAAUAAUUAGUAAUACUCACAAACUAGCAACAAACAGUCGAUUUGAUAAACCCUAACGAUCGUUUCGUAAGCUGUUAAAAUUACAAUCGAAUAUCAUGUAUUUUUUGUUGCUCAUUUUUUUAUUUAAUUUUUUUACCAAUUUCAUAUUUGGUGUAAUCAAUUAAAAAAUAAAAAUACCACAUAAAAUAUAAAAUAAUUUAGUACCAUAUGAUAAACACAGUCGAAAAGUUGAAUAUUAUCGUUAAUUCCAACAUCGCUACAGGAGUAUUUCCCUUUUUAUUCGAGAUCAAAUUUAUCUCAAGUAAAAAUGAAAGAAAAAAGGAACAGCUUUUUUAUCUUCUUUUUUAUCUAGAGCAACAAAGAUUCGUUUCUUCUUUUUUAAAGUUUGAUGCAAAUAUUUUUUUUUUCUUUUU